AUGGAGUCUCUCCUGGUUUAUCUGAUAGUUCUCGGUGUGGCUGUGAAGGCCCACAAAGUUCAAAUCUGCCCCAAACGCUGUGUCUGUCAGAUGCUCAACCCCAACCUGGCGACUUUGUGUGACAAAAAGGGGCUGCUGUUUGUGCCCCCAAACAUCGACAGGCACACGGUGGAGAUGCGUCUUGGGGAUAACUUUGUAACCAGCAUCAAACGCAAAGACUUUGCUAACAUGACAAAGCUGGUAGACCUGACCCUCUCUCGGAACACUAUCGGUACAAUUGCGCCUCAUGCCUUCAAAGACCUAGAGAACCUACGGGCUCUGCACCUCGACAGCAACCGGCUAACCCGCAUCACCAAUGAUACCUUCAGUGGCAUGUCCAAGCUGCACCACCUCAUCCUCAACAACAACCAGCUCACCCACAUCCACAUUGGGGCCUUCAACGACCUCACAGCGCUGGAAGAGCUGGACUUAUCCUACAACAACUUGGAAAGCGCCCCAUGGGUGGCCAUUCAGAGGAUGUCCAAUCUCCACACUCUCAAUUUGGACCACAACAUGCUCAGCUACAUCCCAGAGGGCACCUUCUCUGGGCUGCAGAAGCUCAAAAGGCUGGAUGUGACCUCCAACAAGCUACAGAAGCUUCCUCCUGACCCUAUUUUCCAAAGAGCAGGAGUCCUAGCCACCUCUGGGAUAAUGGGACCUUCGUCGUUCGCAUUGAGCUUCGGAGGGAACCCUCUGAGGUGUAACUGUGAGCUGCUCUGGCUGCGGAGGUUACGGAGGGAGGACGAUCUGGAGACCUGUGCUUCACCACAACACCUAGCUGGACGCUAUUUCUGGACUGUUUCAGAGGAAGAGUUUCUUUGUGAGCCUCCUGUCAUCACAAGGCACUCUCAGGAGCUGCGAGCUUUGGAGGGUCAGAGUGUGACUCUGCGUUGUAAGGCCAAGGGCGACCCCGACCCCAUUAUCCACUGGAUCGCCCCUGACGGACGCCUUAUGUCCAACUCCUCCAGGGCCACAGUCCACACAGACGGCACGUUGGACAUCCUCAUCAGCACUGUCAAGGACUCCGGCUCUUUCACCUGUGUGGCCUCCAACCCGGCUGGCGAGGCCCAGCAGACAGUGGAUCUGGUCAUCGCUAAGCUCCCUCAUAUCACCAACAACUCAGUUUCAGAGCAGGAGCCUGACCCAGGAUCAUCAGAUAUCGCCACAGUGACCAAGACAGGGGCAGAGACGGGAGGGGUGCCCCUGGGGAACGCCAAGACGAGCCCGGAUAAGAAAGUAGUAAUCGCUGAGGCCACGUCCACCUCGGCCCUGGUCAAGUUUAACUUCCAGAGGAGUAUUCCUGGAAUCCGCAUGUUUCAGAUCCAAUAUAAUGGGACGUAUGAUGAUUCACUGGUAUAUAGAAUGAUACCCCCAACCAGUAAGAACAUCCUGGUGAACAACCUGGCGGCUGGUACGCACUAUGACCUGUGUGUUCUGGCCAUCUACGAUGACCAGGUGACCUCGCUGACCGCCACCAGGGUGAUAGGCUGUAUUCACUUUACCACAGAGCCGCAAUACCUGAGAUGCCAUUUCAUGCAGUCCCAGUUUCUUGGCGGCACCAUUGUGGUUAUCAUUGGAGGCAUUAUCGUGGCCUCAGUUCUUGCUUUUAUUAUCUUCCUCAUUGUGCGCUACCGGGUGUGUAACCAAGGAGAUGCAGAUAAGGCUCUGGAGAUGGGGGAUAUUCGGUCACUGAGCAGUGAUGGGCAGCUACAGGGCUGUGGGAUUCCCAAGUCCGUCUCCAAACAGGGUCUACGUCCAGAAAAGAAUGACAAGGACAGCCUCAGAGUUUCCCUGCCGCCCCCGGAGCCAGCCAAGCAGCGACCACCAGUUGUUGUAGCCACCACCAAACCCUCUGUCCCUGACUGCACUGUCUCUACCUCUGCUGCCAGCCACAGCUGGCACCCGGCCUCACCAGGUGCUCCGAGGCCCAAACGUUCCAGUGCUCCACCAAAACCCUCAGAGUCUCGCCGAGCUGAAGCUCAGACAGAUGUCGAGCUCGAUAACAUGAACCGCAAUAACUCAUCGGAGGUUAAAAUGGCCACCGCCGUCACUCUGGCUGUUCCCGGCCAGCCCACCAAAUGGACUGCUGUUCCCAGGGGUCCACGACCCCACCAGGCCCCCCGACAUUACAUGACUGUGCCUGCAGGGGGAGUGAGGGUGAACCGCAGGCACUCCCUUAACGUAGACUCAUAUACAGAGCGCUGCUAUGUGGCUUACCCCAAAACUGGGGCCAGUCUGCGCUCCAAACGCAGCCUGUCGAUGAGCGGAGAGCUGCCCCAGCUCGAGAGCACAACAAACAUUCACCGGGCCAGAGACAAGCUCUCCAGGUCCGAGUGGCUUCUGGAGAGCACUUUAUGAUUCGGAAUUUAUGACCUGCAUUCUCCUGUUUUCUUGGAUUGGAUUCGUGGCCUGUUGUGGAACAGACAUGGAUUUUAUGCCUUGUUUUGAACUUCUGUGCUCUCUACUGAGGGACCUGUGAGCUUCUCUCAUAUAUUUGAGGGCAAGGCAGGCAUACAGGGUUGUAGGAAACGUUUCACAUUUGUUUUCUACCUUAUAACCUAUCAAAGUCUUCUUUAUAACAACGUUUGAUCAAACUUUGA